UCGUGACCUCUAGUGACGGUCUAGGAACCAGGGGUGCCGACGUAAGUAAGUACGUACACAGUCAUCAUGGAGAUGCCGCCCCCGCCGCCGCCGCAUCGUCCUAUGCCAGCCGGCGGCAAGCCUGAACGGAAGACGGUGGAGCGCAACCGCCGCAACCACAUGAACGGGCUCUACUACCGCCUUGACACGCUCGUCCGCUCCGGCGACGGGCCUUCUCCCGCAGUAGCGGCGACGAGGCCUGAAAGGCUUGGUGAGGCGGCAGCGUACAUCAGUCGGACGGCGGAGCGGGUGGAGAGGCUCAAGGAGCGGAAGCGCGAGCUGACGGCAGCCAUGACGACGACCCAGCAGAACAUGGGAUCCGGCUCAGGUUCCUCCUCCGGGGCGGUGGCCGCCGUGUUGCCGGAUGUAACUGUCCAGCGCCUGGGCUCCGGCCUACACGCCAUCCUCGUCACCGGCGCCCCGCCCAGCGACGGCGCGUCGUUUCACCGCGCGGUGCGUGCGGUGGAAGAGGCCGGCGGCGAGGUGCAAAAUGCGCACUUCUCCAUUGUCGGCGCUCGGGCCGUUUACACCAUCCACGUGCUGGUUGGGGAGCAGCAGGGCACCAUCGACAGGGUGGUGCAAAGGCUGAAGGAAGCCGUACGUGGACAUGCUCGCUAGUUAAGGGCAUCUCCUGAUCGAGGGAACGUCCCCUUAAUCUCAGACAGAACUAAUAUUAUCCUAUGGAAUUUGUGUGUUGUAGAAUCUCCUUAUUAGUCGUCAGUUGGCCCGCACGCAUGGCGUGUGUGCAGCUCAACUUUAGCAAUUAACGUGUUGACUAUCUGACUAUCAGUCGGUGUCAGUCAACACGGCACGCAGGGGCCGAGAGCCGCAUACCUGCUCUCUGCUGCUGGUGUGUAUAAUCGCCGCAAAAAGGAACGACCGAAGCAUAUAGUUGAUCUUACUAGUAUGACUUUGACGCGCGCGGUCAAAAAGGCAUCUGUUGUUUGUUCGCGGAUGAGUUGAAGUACUUGGUGUGUACUUGAUGUGUAGAGGUCGAGCGUGUAUGCGCUCGAAGUAAUACUAUAUAUGU